AUGAAGCCAGUGAAGCCAGACAAGCAUUUACCUUGGAAGUACUCGGUAAAAAGCUUCUUUAAAUUCUUUAGACAUUGUUUUUGGACGCCAAAAGCUACGUGUGCACUGUUUUCAGUACCACCACGUAUUACGUCAGCAUCUCCACCAGAAUCAGUAGUCAAAGUUAAUAAGCCAUUCAGCUUGAAAUGCGGAGCUGGUGGUUUGCCGUAUCCAGAAAUACAUUGGUUUUUAAAUGGCACAACACUUGAAGAUGUCGAAGGAUAUAACAUUGCAGACGAUGGUACUCUGUUCAUCACGAAAGCUGAAGAGGAUAAAGCAUAUAGAUUUGAGUGUUCAGCCAUUAAUAAAGCGGGAAAAGAUUCCAAAAUCUACAUCGUCAAAACAAUGAGUUCUGUUUUAAAAACGCUUACAAAAUGUGUAAUAAGCUGUUUAGUAAAAUUACACUCCUACAGUGUUAAUAAAAAACUGCAUUUUUCAAAAUGGUCUGUUUAA